CUCAAGCCGCCAAGAGAAGACAGAGAGCGAGAGGAGCUGGUACCGCUGCCUGCUGCCGAUGCGCCCCCGAACAGCUGAAUAAAAGAGCGGACAAACCCACGCACCGUGCACGAGCGGACACGCGAAAAGGAAGCGUUUGCAGAAGAAAGCGACAGGAUCACUUUAUACCGGCAAAAAAAACAGUGCCUGCAUCCCCUCCACAUACACACACACACAUAUAUCCACACGCACAUAUCCACCUUCAUGUUCUGGGAUCAAUGAAACCAAGCACAAACCCGUGCGUAAAGUUGCUGAGCUGAUCCGCCUGUCUGACGCGUCCCCUGUGAACAUUACCACUGUCAUUUUCUGGAGGCUGUUUCCUUGGUCCCUGUUCCGGCGUGGAUUUUGGAACCCAUCAUAGUGUCUUUGUCUGUGGAUUCUAAGCUUUCCAGAGGAGCGCUGCGGGAAGACACUGGAGGGGACCCUGUAAACGUGCCACAUGUCUGUGGACGAUAUGGAUUUGCUUUCGCUAUAGCCAAAAUUUGCCGCGGUUUUUUAAAAUAUUCUUUUUUCCUCUUCUGACAGUGCGUGUUCGUUUGAUUAGUAUUUAUAUAAUUAUUAUUACAAUUAUUUUUUUGACUCUCAAGCGACUGCUGAGAUUUCAAGACUCGUGCGGAAUUACAACCAUGAACUUUGUUGUCAGUUUGGUACAAAUCCUUUUGGCAGCGGUUUUCCACCUAUCCACUGUAAAGACUGCCAGCAUUAACAAGGGAAUGGACAAGAGUAAAAAUGAGGUCAUCCCUCUCCUGGAGGUCAUCACGAAGAGUCAGUGUCAGCCGAGGGACAUGCUGGUGGACAUCUUCCAGGAGUAUCCAGAGGACACAGAGCACAUGUACAUCCCCUCAUGUGUGGUCCUCAAACGUUGUGGAGGCUGCUGCACCGACGAAGCCUUCGAGUGUGUACCAACGGAAACGCGCAAUGUCACGUUGCAAGUAAUGCGGGUCAGACCAAAGGUAUCGCAACAUACUAUUGACUUAAGGUUCACAGAGCAUCAACAAUGUGAAUGCAGAUCAAAGCCAGGUGUUUCAGCAAAGAAAGAAUACCACUGUGCGCCUUGCUCAGAGAGAAGAAAGCGCUUGUUUGUGCAGGACCCUCUCACCUGUAAAUGUUCCUGCAAAUUCACACAAUUAGACUGCAAGUCCAGGCAACUUGAGUUAAACGAAAGAACUUGCAGAUGUGACAGACCGAGGAGAUGAGACCAGGAGUGGCGGACAACACUGUUAUGAAGGAAUUCUUUUCUUGGCACAGCACUUUGAAACCUGAGGAUGCAUUCCCUGCAAGGACACGAAACGACAAGCAAGACAGGACGUUGUGGACGCAUUUCUUGCCACUGUUUGUUUUCCGCCUAAAGAUAUUAAUAUAUAUGUACAUAUACUCUUAAGUACAUCGACAAUGUGUAUUGCUGCUAUGUAAAAGGACACUUUUUAUUAUUUAUAGCAAAACGAAUGCGCCACUGGCGUGUGAAUGGGAAUUGUCUCAGUAGUGGUCUGGUCAUGGGUAGAACUGGGAAAAGAAACCUUUUUAUUUUAUGUAACACUUCACUGGAUGCUGGUCUGCUGUGGAUAUGAAAACUAAAAUAUUUUUUAGUAAGAGAAACUUGUGACCACAACUUCACCGAGUGUGCAGCAGAAGCCGAACUCAAGUCCGCACUCCGACGAUAAAGACUGAGACAGGAAGGACGAGGAGGCGGGGGUGAAGAAACGCCUGUUGUACUUGAACUGAACGGCAGGUCCAAGAACUGUUUUCCUCUGUGACAUGAUGUGAAGUUUUGUCUCCACUGUACUGACAUACACCAGUUGGUGUGAGAAGCGACACAGUCUGCCGGGAUUCCCUGAAGUGACUGUUGUGGUGAUGAUGCAUAAUGUGAAGAUGACUUUCUUCACCCUGGGAGGGGUUACAUGACGAUGGUGAGAACCUGAUGAAAGGACUACUGGUUAAGUUCGGAAAGUAAAAAAAAAUUUGGUCAAUGUGGAACUGGAGUUAGGAUUUUUUUUUUUUUUUUCUGGAUUGAGCAUAACAAACUAGGGCUGAGUGAUAUGGUGAUAAUGUAUGUUGAUAAUUUUCACGAUAUUGAAAGUAGAAGAUACCAAAAUUAUUCUUUACUGUGAGAACAUGACCAACUCUUGCCAAAUAUCUGAACAUUUCUCAAUGAACAUGUCAGUCAGCCAAUGUGCCUGUAAACAUGCUGGCGUUCUACGUCUUCAGAAGCUAUAUCCAGAUUCUAAACGUUGAAAUUGCUUUAAUUGAAAACGACACUGCAAAAAUGAUCAUUAUCAUUGUAUCAUUCAGCCCUGUGAAAAACCACUGCCUGUUAACAGUCCUGCAUCCUUUAUGUAACCUUUUCCAGGUGGGAAAAACAGAUCUGUCUUUGUUUUUGUGCACAGAGAUUAUUUGCAUUUUGAUGUAUUGUGUUCAUUUCACAAAAUGUCUUCAGACCAGGCUGUCUAAAGGGAUAUUACUGUAGGUAUAUAUGGAGACAAGAGACAAGCUGAUCACAUAUCAGAUCAGCACACCACUGUAGAAAUCCACAACCUUCCAGUUUUCCUUAUUUAAUAACUUUGAGUGUGUUCCAAAGAAAUAGUCAUGCAUUCACAACAGAGCAGUUCAGCAUACAAGUAAAAAACGAUCUGUAUAUACUUACUAGAUAUCCCGCUGUCUAGUACACUACAUCUAAUUUAUAGAAUAUGUUCAGUAUUGUGUUAUGAUAUUUAUAUACAGUGUUAAGGUAAUUUUGUUUGUCCUCCUCAACUGUUUUCAAUCUGUCCGGUCAGGAGAUUGAACGGCGAACACGACUGUAGAUGCCUUUUUUCUGUGGAGGGAAAAAAGGACUGAAAGCAAAUGUUUUGACAUUCCUGAUUUAAACUAAAGCUGCGUUUCUCAGCAGCCGGAGGGGGAUCAUGGUGGGCCUGUUGACCGAUAGAAACCCCAGUCGAACACAUGUGUGUGAAAUGAUGCGCCAACACAGGUGUUUUUCAUCUUGGACAGGGGCGAUGGACAUGUGGUUUUGCACUUGAGGGCCCGAAGACACGUCAUAAGGAGGACUAAAGGAGUCUCGUUGCUGCUGCUCAGCUCGGACCUAAUUUAGUGAAGACUGUCCAAUUAGACUGAGGCGUUGAGUCUGAGGGUGGUAAAGCGUUUUUGUUUUUUUUUUGUUUUUUUCUGACUGCAACCCAGGCGCUAGCGCAACUAAAUCACCUUUAUCACUCCAAAGUGUGACAUUGUUAUAGCUGAAAUAAACGCAGAUUGUUCCUGUAGUAUUUAACUGUUACCAAAUGAGGAGAUUACUUAUGUACAAUGUUGAGUAUCUACAAUAAUGAUGAAAAAUCCUUGAAAAAAAAAAACAAAAAACAUGUAAGUGAGUAACAAAGAAACAAAACAAUUAACAUCACAGUAACCUUUGCAAAAA